AUCUCUAAAUAUGAGAGACAAAUGCGGAAAUGAAUUUUUAGACUGCCGACUACGAGUAAAGGUGGAAUACAAGUAUUUUUUUUUUUAAAUCUUAAAGUUAAUAAUAUAACGUUAAACUUUAUAGUUUGUUUAAAGUAGACGAAACAGUUUACGCAGCUUUAGCUUUUGAGUUUGCUUGUAAUUCUUGUCGUUGAGUAGCAUUCUUCACCCGAGUCAUAGUAGUUUCAUUUUUGAGACCUCGUCAUAAACUUGGAGUGAAUUUUGGUUAGAUAAACACAAUAACAACAGAAGCAGUGGGUCAUUUGAAACCCUGAAGUAUGGACGAAGGUGCAGGAGCGAAUACGUUUUCCCACGGAGGGAAUUAUGACGAGGAGAAGGAGAAAUGGGAAAGGCCCCCCUCCAGCUACGGUUCAAUGAAGAGUGAAAGCGAGGAGUCGGAGGAUCUGGAGAGGGAUAAAGAUGGAGCCGAACAGGAGGGGGCAGUUCUGCCGGAACGUCCUGCACCUGUAGUGAUGGGGUCACAGAUUUAUCAGUCUCCGGAGACCCUCUACACCAUGAACACAGAGCAGACCAAACCACCUGGGGCUUUAGUAAUUGAGACAGGAUCUGGUGACCUGGACAUGGCUGUAGAUGAUUAUGAGGACGAUGAAGAUGAGGAGGAUGAGGAUCUGUAUGUAACCAAUUCUCCAGAACCGCCUGAGCCUGCCGUGUUUGAAGGGCUGAUGCAGUCUGAUGAAGGCGAGCAGCCCGGCAGAUUACCCACGGAGCAGGACAUGCCCUUUGUGUUCACUAACAUCCUGAAGACUUUGACUCCUCUCAAAUUUGAAGAGAUGUACAAGUUUAGGUCCUGGCUAAAGUUAACGGCCCGCGAUUUGAAAGACACCGAUUUCAUGGAGGGAGACCUUCUUAACUUUGUGGACAAGAUGAUUGAAGUCCUUGGUCAUUUUAAAACAUUGCACUUUACAAUCUCUUGUCUGGACUCCAGUGGUAUGAAAGCAGAGGCAGCACAACUACAGAAAGUCUGCAUGAAAGCUUUGAUUCGUUAUCGCCUAACGGAAGAAAUAAACAGGAAAAAGAAGUUUGUUUUUGAGGGCCUCGUUGAAUCUAGAAGUCAGAACAGUCUGAACCAGAUCUUCGUGGAGCCCAAGAUCUCCACGCGCAUCUGCGGAGCGAUUGAUCCGAGCCAUGAGUUCCGGUCAAAGCCCAUCACGCCUCUGGAAGUUCCCGACCCGGAAUCCUUCACCCUCUUAAAGAAUCUGUUCCGGCUCACCAAAGACGACGGCACCCCCGUCAGAACGGUAGCCACCACUGGUAUUCCAGGAUCGGGAAUGACCCUCCACACGUCAAAGUUCUGCCUGGACUGGGCCGAGACCACGGCUAACAGGGAUCUGGAGUGCAUCAUCAGACUUCCCUUCCAUCGAUUCUGGUCUUUGAAAAAAUCUGACUCUGAGGAUGUUUCUCUGCUCGGGAUGAUUAACAAUUGCACGUCCGCUUUUAAAAACCUGGAGUGUUACCUGGAGGAGAAGGACCACUCUAAGCUUCUCAUCAUCAUGGACUGUUUGGAUUCCUUCCAGGACUCUGUGGACUGGCUGAACACUCCUCCUCUAGAGGACAUCAGAACAGCAGCACCUCCUGAGGUCCUGAUCGUGAACAUCGUCAGAGGCAAUCUACUUCCUGGCGCCCGUGUCUGGAUCCUGGGGAGACCGCCCGCCAUCUUACAGAUCCCGCCUGUGCUCAUAGAUGUGUUCACAGAAAUACAGUUGUUCAGCGACGAGAUGAAAGAAGACUACAUGAGGAGACGCUUUACACCAGAGGUGGCACAGAGGGUUUUGUCGCAUUACCAGCAAGUACCGACACUUCGCAUUCUUGCUCACCAGCCCUUUGCCUGUUGGAUUAUGGCCACCAUGUAUCCUCACUUCUUUAAACGUCAAAGCUACGGGAAAAACCCUCCUCGACUGACACCAGUCAUCACCAACCUUUUUCUCAUUCAAUUAAACCGUCGGCUGAGUUUUUACUAUUAUCAACCAGAAGUAAAGACGAUGUGGUCUGAUGCAGACAAAGAGAUGCUAAGAUCGAUGGGGAAAAUGGCACUGGAGAUGCUGCGAAGGAACACAGACGUGUUCUCUACGGAGGACUUGGAGGAGUAUAAGCUGGACUUGAGAGAGGUGGUGAUGUUAACAGGUCUCUGCACUGAGCUCCCUGCAGUUUCAAACAAGAGGAGGUUCAGCUUCAUCCAUUAUACCCUUCAGGAGUACAUGGCUGCCUAUUACGUCUUUGUAGUGUUCUACCAGGACUCAAAGAACGUGCUUGAGUCUGCAGGAAGUGGAAAGUUUAACUUCUCCACUCUCUUCCGUCAGUCUUCUUCCAAAGCUCAUCCAUGUAAAGCUUCAAGCCUAGUUCAGUGUGCUGUGUACCAAACUCUCCAGUCUCCUCUGGGCCAGUAUGACUUGUUUCUGCGCUUCCUUUGUGGCCUAAUGAACCCAAGCUGCCACGUCAGUCAGUUUGGGGGGUUCCUCUUUGAAUACAGAACCCCUCAGGUGAGUGGUCUGGAAGAUGUAGCUAAAGUCCUGGAGGAUGCCAUCAAAAAAGCUCCGGAAGACAGAAGGGAGAACUUACAGGAGUGCAAAAGAGAGGUGAUACAAGAGGAUAUGUGAGAUGCACUGUUUCCUUCCAACAUCGAUGUUAAGGACAGAAGAGCUGCUCAUUGCUGUUCUGGAUGGGAUUCUUCAAGAGCUUAACAUUAUAAGUUUCAUCAGCAUUUAGGUUUAUUAGGAUUUUGACAAAUGUGUCCAUCGUUUUCCAGGCAAAAUUAGAAGUCUGUUGCAGCACAACUUUAAAAACAUUAAAACAUGGAGCACAAAGGAUCUUUUACUUGAGCAAUUUGUGUUCUCUCCCCAUCAUUAUUAUCCUAACACCAGGAAAAAAGAAAGGGAACAGAUCCAGGUUUAAAAUCUCAGUUCUUUAUUCUAUGCUUGUAAUUAAAAACCAGAGCACGAUGUUAAAGUGGAAAGUCCUGAAAACAAUGUGGAUGAUUGCAAAGAUAGAAUUUUUUAUGUUUUUUUAAAUGAAAAAAGGGAUUAUUUCUGCAUGUUUUUUCAGAAUUACAUAUUUUUUAUGUAGUUGCACACUCUUUGAAUGUACAAAAUGAUUAGUCAGUAUAUUGUUAUACUACUUGGUUAAUUCUAUUUAAUCUAAAUUACUAAAUGUCUGUCACAUUCGUUUGCCUUAUUUGUGCCUAAAGGAUGUGGAUUUUAUAGGGGGAAUAAAGAGUUUUUAUUAAUUUUUGCUCUUUAGUUUGCUGUCUUUUCUAUUUUGAAUCUGGUUUCUUCUUUAUAUCCUGAAGAUUAUGAAUCUGUACGACUUCACCUAAAAACAAAACCAGUUAAAAAAAAAAAAA